AUGAGAAAUAAGAAUGUUGAAGUUGAGGUGUUGGGUUGUUAUACAAAGACGUGGUAUCGCACAACUAAAUUAGUUAGUUACCGGCGAUUGGCGGGGAGAACCGGAAAGAAAGAUGAGACUGACGAUCGAGAAGAAAAUAAGGUUGGGGAUAAGGAUGGAGAUGAAGAUGAGGAUGAGGAUGAGGAUGAGGAUGGGGAUGGGAUGAGGAUAAGAUGA